AUGUUUCCACCCGGCUUUGUGACAGACUCUACGAACCGCCGCGUGCCAACUGCAGACGUCACCGCGGCCAAGGUCGCUGCCCCUGCAGCAGAGACAGGCAGCCCCUUCACUGUGGGCGCAGCGGCAGCCACCGCCGCGGGUGCCGUGGCGGUCGCUGCCCGGGCCGAAGUGGGACCUGGCGAGAAGGUCGUGGGCAUCGACCUGGGCACCACCAACUCCGCAGUGGCGGCCAUGGAGGCCGGCGCCCCCACCAUCAUCCCCAACGCGGAGGGCGCACGGACCACGCCCAGUGUUGUGGCCUAUUCCAAGAGCGGUGAGCUGCUGGUGGGGCAGAUCGCCAAGCGCCAGGCCGUUGUGAACCCAGAGAACACCUUCUACUCCGUCAAGCGCUUCGUCGGCCGCCAGCCCAACGAGGUGGGUGAAGAGCUGAAGGAGGUGUCCUACAAGGUGGAUUUUGAAGGCCAGAAGGUGAAGAUCGACUGCCCGGUCUUGAGCAAGAAGUUCGCGCCGGAGGAGGUCUCUGCACAGGUGCUGCGCAAGCUCAGCGGCGAUGCCGGCACUUACUUGAGUGCCACCGUCCAGAAGGCCGUCGUGACCGUUCCUGCCUAUUUCAACGAUUCGCAGCGACAGGCCACGAAGGAUGCCGGGAAGAUUGCUGGUCUGGACGUGCUGAGAAUUGUGAACGAGCCCACCGCUGCCUCCUUGGCAUAUGGCUUGGAGAAGGCGAACAACGAGACAAUUUUGGUCUUCGAUCUCGGAGGAGGAACCUUCGACGUCUCCGUGCUGGAGGUCGGCGACGGAGUCUGUGAGGUGCUCGCCACCAACGGCGACACCCACCUGGGCGGCGACGACUUCGACAAGGUCAUCGUGGACUGGCUGGCGGAAGACUUCCAGAAGACCGAGGGCAUCGAGCUCCUCAAGGACAGGCAGGCACUGCAGCGCCUGACGGAGGCUGCAGAGAAGGCCAAGAUCGAGCUCUCCGGUGUGCAGGAG